AUGGAUGUGGAUGAUAUAUAUUUACAUGGAUCAGUCGCAUUAACCAAAACCAGGCUUGAAAUACCAAAUGGACUGGUUCUUGGUGAAAAUUUUCUUCUUGGGCUUCGUAGUUUCACUCCAAAUCCAUGGCUACUACGGUUGCUUCGAAGAGGAGAGGUUGGCUCUCUUAGAUUUCAAAGCAUUUGUCCAUUCCAAUGGGGAUGAUGCAGACCUGCUGCUGCCUUCAUGGAUUCAUGAUAGAAGCAGUGACUGCUGUCGGUGGGAAAGAGUCACGUGCAACUCCACCACCGGUCACGUGAUCAAACUCUCUCUCAAUGAUACGAGGCAAAUAACUUUUGAUGGUUAUUAUGAAGAUAUGAGUAUUUGGUACCUUAACGUUUCUCAGUUUCAGCCUUUCAAGGAGCUUAUAAGCCUUAAUUUAUCUUAUAAUGCAAUAGCUGAGUUCAUUGACAAUGAAGAACUUGCAGAUUCCAAAAGUUUUUCUAAACUGAACAAGCUAGGGCAUAUAGACUUAAGCUGGAACUUGCUUGACAAACAAGUGUUGAAGGUUUUGGGUAAAUUCUCAGCCCUGAAAUCAUUGGACCUGCACAAUAAUUUUAUAGCAGGUCAACUAUCUGAGCAAGAUCUUGCUGAACUCUGCAACUUGAAGGUCCUUAUUCUGCAAUUCAAUGAACUGAAUGGAACUCUGCCAAUUCGUUAUUUGGGCAAUUUCAGUAGUUUGGAAGUUUUGGACUUGAGCAUUAACUAUUUCACUGGGAGCAUUCUACCAAACGUAGGGCAUCUGUCAUCUCUCAGAGCUUUAUCUGUGUCUAAAAAUCAACUUAAUGGCUCUUUACCAACUCAAGGUUUGUGUCAACUGCAGAAACUUGAAGAAAUGGAUCUGAGUCAGAAUUUCUUCCAAGGGACUCUUCCUCCAUGCUUGAGCAACUUGUCAUCUCUUAGACUAUUAGAUCUUUCAGCAAACCAUUUCUCAGGAGAGAUACCUUCAUCUUUGGUAUCUGGGAUGACAUCACUUGAGUACAUUGAUCUGAGUCAUAAUCUUUUCGAAGGUUUAUUCUCCUUCAGCUCAUUUUCUAAUCAUUCCAGACUUGAAGUGGUUCAGAUUGUAAAUGAUAACGAUAACUUUGAGGUGGAAACUGAAUAUUCUAGGUGGGUUCCACCAUUUAAGUUAAAGGUCCUUCGACUGCCUCACUGUAAUUUGAACAAGCCCUCCAACACUAUUCCUACAUUUCUCUUCUACCAGCAUGAGUUGAGAAUUCUUGAUCUUUCUCACAAUAAUUUGACAGGGAGGCUUGACUGGUUGCUUGACAACAAUACAAGACUUGAAUUUCUAUCCUUGAGGAAUAAUUCUUUCGUAGGUCAGCUUCAUUUGCCACCACUUCGCAGUAUGAACAGCCAGUGGAUUGAUGUAUCAGACAAUAAAUUAUAUGGAAAAAUUCAGGCAAACAUAGGGCAGAUGAUUCCCUAUGCAAUUUAUUUGAAUUUAUCCAAAAAUUCUUUUGAAGGUAGCAUUCCAUCCUCAAUUGGUGAUUUGUUCUACUUAGAGCAACUGGACUUGUCUUUCAAUAACUUCUCAGGAAAAGCACCAAAAGAACUGGUUGCCAAUUUGGUCAAUUUGCAGACUCUGAAGCUGUCAGCUAAUAGAUUUCAUGGCCAAAUAUUUUCAGCACACUUUAACUUGACUUGGAUAGAGUUUUUGCACCUGGAGAACAAUCAGCUUACAGGAUCUCUUUCAAACGUGAUCUUGAGAAGCUCUCAGCUUACCGUAUUGGAUAUUAGCAACAACAACAUCUCUGGUAAUAUUCCUAUGUGGAUAGGCAACAUGAUAAAUUUGAGGACACUUGCAAUGAGAAACAAUCAAUUGAAAGGUCCACUUCCAUGUAUUAAUCUCCCAUUCAGUUUUAUAGACCUUUCUUACAAUUAUUUGACAGGAUUAAUACCUACUUGCUUGGAACUACAAAAUACAAUGGGUUUGUAUUUGCAAGGGAACAAGUUCACAGGUUCAAUACCAGAAUCUAUACUCAACUCUUCAACACUGUCAAUCCUGGACAUCAGAGACAAUAAUUUGUCUGGCAAGAUUCCUGAUUCAAUAACUUCACUUCCCAAUUUACAAGUUCUUUUGCUGAAAGGAAAUCAUCUGAGUGGUGUAAUUCCAAUUCAGUUAUGUCAAUUGAAUCAAAUAGGCUUCAUGGAUCUGUCUAACAACCUUUUUUCUGGGUCAAUACCUCGGUGCUUCUACAACAUCACUUUCAAGGAACCGUCGAAUUACUAUUCGUUUAUUCCAGCAUAUUUUAAGCGUACAAUUUAUGAAUAUGGAAGCAUCCUGCUGGAUCAGUACGCAGUUUACGAUCCAAAUGAUGGUUAUACAUAUGAAAAUGGUGCUAUUGACUUCCUCACUAAAAGCGAGUCCCGAUCCUAUGAAGGUGACAUACUGGAUUUCAAGUCUGGAUUGGAUAUGUCAUCUAACAACUUCAGCGGUGAAAUUCCGCAUGAACUAGGAAAACUAAGUCAGAUUUUCGCAUUAAACUUGUCUCACAAUCAAUUGGGAGGCUCUAUCCCAAGAACUUUAUCGAACCUAAGCCAAGUAGAGAGCUUGGAUCUUUCUUAUAACAACUUGAGUGGAGAAAUCCCACCAGAACUCACUGAUCUACACUUUCUGAAGUUCUUCAAUGUGUCUCACAACAACUUAUCAGGUAAGGUUCCAGCCAUCAAACCACAAUUUGGAACAUUUGAUAACAGCAGCUAUGAAGGAAAUCCGUUUCUAUGUGGACUACCGUUGGUUAAAAGCUGUCCAGCUUUUGUUGCACCACAAAACUUGCAAGCAUCUUCUUCAGAUGAAGCUGGAAGAAAUUGAUAGAAAGUUGAUUGUGAAUUUUGCUGCACUGCAACUUUUGCAGCACCAAACAUGUUAUCAAUUAUCAUCAAAUUACUCUUAAUAAGCACUUACUGGCAAACUAUAUUUGGUUUUUGUUA